AUGCCCGAUUUAGAGAGACCCUUCUUCCCCAUGCUUCACUUCAACACUAUCGCCCCUCAGACGGAUGUCAUUGGAUGCCCCAGCAUCAAAUCAGAAACGCCUAUUGAGUUUUUCACCAAACCAACAAAGAGCGACGCCGAGCUCAAGGAAGCCAUUCGAGGCUUUCCCAAGAACGUUCACAUGGACCAAUAUAAAGCACCCAAGGUCCCAUACGUCGUCUCCAACAACCUCACCUUCAACAAGAAGCAUGAUUCACAGAUCCGCGAGUUUCAGGAGCGAUGCGCCGAGCUCACACGCCCCGUGGAUUACUUCUAUCACCAAUUCCGACAGCUUCAGGAGAUCGACCCUGAACAUCUCAAGUGCAACAGGCGAAGACUGGGACAGAGAAGUAUAAAACGGGGACGAGAGUUGAAGCAGUGA